GCGACACGGAAAUGGCGCCAAGGUGUGACAGAGAGGAAACCUUGAUUUUUGUGGACGUGGAUGGUGUGUUGAAUGUGGGUAUUCAUGAUGAAGGAAAGGCUCCUUUGCUCCUCCGUGAUGAGGACGUUCAGACAGCCAUGAAAUUAGCCAAACGUGGCUACAAGGGACCAGAGGCCUCCUGUGUUGAGAAGCUUUCGUCCUUAGCCACGUCACAGGUAGGAUUCAAUGAGAACGACACCUAUGAGAAGCUGAUGACUCGGCAAGGAGCAGAGGUGGCUGAAAUCCUGGUGCAGCGGCUGGCGGAAGUCAUUGAGAAAGCGGGUGUGGCCUGCGGCCUGAUGGCCGGAGCUCUUGCGCUGUGCCGACGACGGCGGUGCCAAAGGGCUCCCGUUGAUGUGGCAGAUGUGUCCAUCAGUAACUUGGAAGGUGACGAGGAGAAUGGCAAAACAAAGCUGAUUGAGACGAAACAGACCAGGUGGAUGGCCUGUCGAAUUAUCCUGGGAGUUGGCAUCUUCUUCGGCUCCUUCCAGGCGCCCUGGCAAGCAUUGCCAGUGCUGCUGGAUCGGAAGAUCGCGGCAGACGACGGGCUGCCAUUCACAGAGAACCAGCUGGUUCUGAGUCAAACCGUCAUCUUCGUAGGAUGGCUGGUCGGGUCCGUGCUGUUGCACCCCUUGAUGCAGCGGCUGACUAUCAAGCAGCUGUUGGUGUUUUUGGCCAGCAUCAUGAUGCUGCUGUCUUUCGCCACCAUCACCUUGCCGUAUAUCCCAAAAGUGAGCCUCAGCAUGUUGUUUGGCGUGAGACUUCUACAUGGGAUCUGCCUCAACAUCCAGGGCGUGCAAUACAUCUACAUGCAGAACUGCUUCCCUGGCUAUGGCAGUCAGCUCUGUUCCCUGGUGAACGCCCUCUACAGCGUCGUGGCCGUCGUGAUGGCCCUGAUUUGCGGCACCUGGGCCCUGCACAGCAACUGGCGUCUGGAGGCCUUUCUGUGGUUUGGCCUGCCGAUCCUCACAGGUCUGCUCUUGGCCUUCCCGGACCUACGCUCCGUGCUUCUGUCGCUGCCGCGUGCCCUGAGCCCUGCCAUCCCUGCGCCCACGGUGCCGCAAAGCGGCCACGAGGGGUGGGACCUGACUGGAACUCCGCGGAAGGAUCUGAGGAAUUUGGCUGUCUGCUUCUCUGCUACUGUCUUUGCAUACUACGGCCUGAGCUAUUCCGCCGAUUCGCUUUGUUCCAAUGCAUACAUGAGUUUAAUGCUCGUCAGCGUGUCUGACAUCGUGGCAUGCCUCUUCGCAAGCCGGGCCAGUGAAAUAGGUCGAAAUCGAGCCCAAUUUGGCGGUUUCUUCCUAGGGGGCCUUUGUCUCAUGGCCUGUGCCUUCGGAACGACGGACAGCGCUUUUGUCAUGACCAUGGUCUUCGUUGCACGCAUGUGUUUGAGCGUCGUUUUUGUCACCAUCUAUGUUGCGCUGGCAGAAGUCUUUCCAGAGUGGUGUCAGAAAAUUGCCCUUCCGACCUGCGAAAUUUUUGGCCGAGUUGGUGGGUGCCUCUCACCAUGGUGUGGAACGUUGCCGGUGCAUCUGAGUUGUCCCCUAUUUGGUUUGGCAUGUUUGGUUGCAGCCAGGGCUACUAUGAAACUGCCAGACAAAUGCGCCAAGCUUGAGCAGUAA